AUGGGGCUGAAUGAGAGUUACUCUCAGACUCGAGGUCAAAUACUAUUGAUUGAUCCAUUACCAGCAAUUAACAAAGUUUUCUCUCUAGUUGCACAAGAGGAAAAGCAAAGAGAAAUAACUGCUAGAAUCACACAUAAUCUAGAUUCCGUAGCUAUGGUUGCUAAAAAUUUCAAUAGGAAUCAAUAUACUAACGAGGGAAUAAACAACUACACUGGACCGAACAAUAAAAAGGAGUGUCGUCAGUGCAGCCACCAUGGUCUUCUUGGCCACAAAAUUGACAAAUGCUACAAAGUACACGGAUAUCCACCAAGAUAUAAGUUCAAGAACAAGAAUCCUGUGGUCCAUGGAGUUACAAAUCAAAAUGCAAGCAUCUCUGGUUCCCAGAAGCAUGCCUUAGCAAAUCUGGCAGACACCGGUGCUACAGAUCACAUGGUGUGUUCAGUCCAUUCACUCACUGAAAUCACAGCUUCAGCAUCUCGGUUUGUUAAGCUUCCAAAUGGUACUUUAACAGAGGUUAGGGCAUCCAUCUUUGCAGCGCCUACAAUGUUGCAAUCUACCAUUUUAGAUUUGAAUGUAAAUACUAUACAUCAGUGUGAUGUUUGCCCUACUGCUAAAUUACACAGAUUACCCUAUGUUUCCAGUGAAAUAAAUAGUUCAACCCCAUUUGAUCUAAUACAUGCUGAUCUAUGGGGUCCUUUAUCUACUACUGCUAUUGAUGGUUCAAAAUACUUUCUAACUCUUGUCGAUGACUUUACUCGAUGCACCAGUGUACAGCAAGCUCUUGUUCCCUGGCCUACUGAGGCAUAUUCAACGAUUUACCUCCCUCACGAUACUCCAGGGGUGGGGCGGUGGGGGCCUUAA